GAUAGAUACAUACCGUACCGGUCGACCAGCGUCAUUUGAUUUGAUAACCGUGAAAAAUCACGCACAGAAAGCAUGGCUGAGCAAGAAGCGAAAAUGACCUUGAGUCUAUUACUCAGUAUAUUUUUCACCGUAUUUGGCAACAGCUUUUUAUAUGGUUACAACAUAGGAGAUGUCAACAACCCGGCACCUGUUAUACGAGAGUUCUAUGCUAGGGUACUUUUAGAAAGAAAAGAAAUCUUUCCUCUUGCUGAACUCUCGCCCAAUCAAUCUGCAGUAUUUUUUGCCGACCUUGCCAAAGGAGCAGAUUAUGAUGCUAACAGCUCUUCAGCCAGCGCCAUGACAUCCUUAUCCAAUAUGUCUCUGGAGCAGAUUGAGGUCCAGAUCGUCAAAAAAAUGGUUGAUAAUGAACCGGUGAUAGAGAUCCUCUGGUCUAUCACAGUUGCUAUAUUUGUUCUGUUCGGUAUGAUUGGAGCUUUCGUAUCUGGAAGCAUGGCAGAUCAUUUUGGAAGGAAGAAGAGCAUGUUAAUGAUUACUGUGUUGAUGUUCCUGGCCGCGUUGUUCGGAGGAAUCCCAAUCGUGACUGGGUCGUUUGAGAUGUUGAUUGUACACAGGGCCCUGGUGGGCCUCCAUUGUGGUAUUAACAUCAGUUUGGCGUCCAUGUACCUUGCCGAGAUCUCGCCGCGGAGUAUCCGUGGAGCGGUCGGCACCUGUCAUCAGCUCUUCAUCACCAUCGGUAUCUUGUGGAGUAACAUCAUGGGAGUGUCCAAGCUCUGUGGUACUGUUGACCUAUGGCCAUGGGUGUUUAUCUUCAAUGCCAUUCCCGCUGCUGUCUGUCUGAUUGGGCUGCCUUUCUGUCCGGAGAGUCCCCGUUACAUGUUGAUCAAGCAGGGCAAAGAGGAGGAAGCCAGAGAUGCCCUCAAGAGGUUACGAGGUUACUCCGAUGUUGAGGAGGAGAUUGACGAGAUGAAGGUGGAGGCACGUAAGAGCCAGAGUGUGGAGAGCUUCUCCAUCAAAAAACUUCUGACCACUCCAGACCUCAGAAUUCCUGUCAUCAUGGCCUGCGUACUCCAGGUCUCUCAACAGUGGUCUGGUAUCAAUGCUGUAAUGUCCUUCUCAAGCUUCAUGUACAAGAAUGCUGGAGUGCCAGAAAACGUUGUUGAAUGGGUUGUGUGUGGGACAUCUACAAUCAACGUUCUUACCACAAUUGUUGCCGUACCGUUGAUGGAAAAACUGGGACGACGCCCUCUCAUGAUCUAUCCCAUGAUUGGAAUGGCUUUGUCCUUCAUUGUCCUUACCAUCUUCCACAACCUCCAGAAUGACAUGUCUCUUGCUGAUAACCAUAAAGCAUUUGCCUAUGUCGGGAUUGCUGCCAUGCACACCUAUGUCAUUGGAUUUGCUCUCGGAUUGGGUCCCAUCCCAUUUAUCAUUGUGAGUGAAAUCUUCAGACAGGAGCCUCGUGCGGCCGCCAUGAGUAUCUCCCUGGCUUUUAACUGGGUGUGCAACUUCACGCUUAUGUUGGUAUUCAGAUUCAUGCAGGAUGCCAUGCAAGGAUAUGUCUACCUUCCUUUCAUUGUAAUCCUUGCCCUUGCCGUUGUAUUCAUCACCAUAAUGGUCCCGGAAACAAAGAACAGGACAUUCGACGAGAUUGCAGCUCAGAUUGGUAUAGGACGUGGUAAAAAGGGGUUGACAUAUGACCAAGAGGAAGGCCAGGAACUGAACAGCAUGAAAACAUAAUGAUCGCAAUUAGAGUAUUAUCAGAACAUUUACAAAUGAUGUCCGAGAUGUAUGGCCUGUAUUUGUUAAUCCAAUUUAGCUUUAAUCUGUAUUUUAGUGGUUAUAAGAAUAUACAUUUAGUAAUAUUUAUUAAUUCUUUUCUUUUUUAAAAAAAAAAAACAAGAAAAACAAACAUGUCGAGAUAAUCACAAUCCAAACUCAAAAUCAAUAAAACUUCGGUAAAAUAUUAACAAAUUAAAUAUUUUUUGGUUACUAAUGGCUUCAUACAUACUAUUUGACAUGAAAAUAUUAC